GUCCCCCCCUCGCUCGUUCUCAUUCCUACCGCCACCAACGCACAGACCGCUCCCUCCUCCUCCAUAUUUUCAGAUUUUUGCUCUACAUUGUAAUCGACGGUCAUCAUGGACGACGAAGUCGAGUAUUUGGGCACGAAUUUUGCUCAGCCAGCUGCUUGCCCCUGUGAUCCACAGCAACCGGUGACGGGUGUCACUCUGCACGUCGAGCCGUGUGGUGGAAAACCAGCUCAUAAUGUUUCCUUCUUCAACACCCGCACCUCCCAUGUGCACAUCGGCCGCAAAUCAAUCUCAGAUGAUAGGUCUAUGAGGAAAGAGAAUGACGAUCAGAAUGCUGUAUUUGCAUGCCCCGUAGUCAGCGCAAAGCACGCCAAACUUGUGUUGGCCUCCAGCGGCCACGUGUAUAUCGUUGAUCUCAAGUCCCGUCAUGGGACUCAUUUGCGGAAGCAAGACGAGACAACAUCCAGGAUGUUACAGCCUGAGGUGGAGACCACCCUUGCUGAUGGCGAUGUCGUGACGUUUGGUAAAGCUGUGGGGCAAGGCGCUACCCUUGUUUCACCGGUCACAGUUCGCAUCGAAUUUUUGCGCGAUAUCUUGGAUAUGCGCGACUCACCUCCGUGGUGUCUAACUCCCGCCGAGUCCUCGAGCCCUCGCCCACGAAAAUUGAGCACCGGGCGCUAUGGCCUUAACAGUCCCAUUUCAUAUCCUUCUUCCCCAUCUCAUUCUUCAGAGUCCCUUUCCUCGCCAUCAGGAUCAUCCAACGAGGCUGCUUCGCAUUCAGAGCAUGAAUCUGAUAUAGAAGAGAUACCGUCCUGGGAAGAACUUCGUUCCUGCGUUUCAUCCCUGCGCCAAGAUUUCCCUGCAGACUUUCUGGGUGGCUCAUUACUCGGCAAGAUGCCAUCGCUCGGGUCGUUGAUGCAGGAUAUCUGCCAUAAGAUCGCGGACCCCCUUGACAUAGAUACUCCCCAACCUUGGUCCCCUCCGGCCAUCGCCGCCAUUGCGCCCAUUGAUGAUGAUGAUGAUGUGCCUUCGUCUAAUAUCCACCUUGCGGAUUCGCGCUCUCAUUCUCCCAUGGAGCUCUCUACCCCAUCACCAUCGCCCCCUCAGGCCCCUGAGGAGCCAGACAUCGUUGGCGCAUGGCCGCCAUCCCGGUCGGACUCCCCGCCGCCCGCUUUACGCCGGCCGGAUGAGUCGAAUAGAGUCAAACUUCCAUCGAUGUGCUCAUUUGGGCACAUGGGAUCUCUGGAAUCGGGAUCAUUUGAGAUCUUCCCGGAACGGCUCCCCUCUCUUUCUAAUUUCCAGCCGUUUGUGCCGCUGGAGGACGAACCAGCCACCCUGGCCCCCAUUCCUCUUCUUCCAUCCAUUGAUGAGGUGCGGUCAGAUGAAUCUCAAAUUACUGGCCAUGACGACCGUGAAGAUCUGCGCGAUUCCAUUAAGAUCAUCGAGGAUCGAGUAAAUGUGCUGCAUUCCAGCGUUACUGAUAUCAAGAAUCGUCAUGCUUUAACAGAGGACGACCUUUAUGACCUUCAGCAUCAAGUUGACAUGCUCGAACCUGAAUCUGACCAACUUUUUGCGCGCAUGGAGGCCGCAGAAGACAAGAUAUCUACUAUGUCAGACCUACAGGAUCAAGUCUCUGAGUUGCGAACAAAGGUUGAUGCGGGAAGCCGUGACACCUUUGUGCCGCCCAUGGCAGACGUCAAGGCUUGUGCCGACGCUCUUAGUGCCCUCGUCAUCGAAAUGAAGACAUUACGCGAGGAGACCGAGAAACGAGUGGAGGAGAGAAUUCAGACAAUUCAAACAGCCAGAACGGAGGCGCUGUCUGUCAUCGCUGCAGAAGUGGAGACUUUCAAAUCGCUUAAACGCAAACAUUCCGAGAUUGAAGUUGCUCCUCCUCCAGUCGAGAUGGACAUUGUAGCGGAAGCCCCAGGAGCGGCUGCGGCCGCGAACCCUGAAUUACCGGUCGAAGAUAACAGACAUGCCAAACGCCCCAGGAGGAUAAUGACAUCCAUCGCGCACACUGCAACGGCCAUGGCAGUUGGUGCAGUUGCCACCUGGUCUGCCCUCGCCUUCUCAUAAAUUUCAGGAGAAAUCACAUUACAUUGCUAAAAUGCAUAAUUGGUUCUUGGUUUGUACCAUCACUACUCAUGUCAUGUUGUAGGAUUCUUGUUGUCUUUUCCUUUGUACGGUGUACAUUAUUGUAGGUUUUGUCCCGAUUACAUGUUGAACAAUGUAUCAGGUUCCCUAUGAGCCUUGUUUGACUUGGCUACGUUCUGAUUUAUGCGAAGAAACACAUAGCUAGUGAUAUGUAAUAUAGAGAUAUGCAAUAACAUGAUCCACAAAUGUAGGACCGUC